GGUAAAGAUUUCAAGUGUCGCAGUAAAUUAAUUGCGCACAUGGAUUGUCACACAGGUGCAAAUGUAGUGGAGUGUGAUAUUUGCCAUAAAAUGUUAUCGCAAGGGAAUUUAAAAAGACAUAAGCUGAUUCAUGCAGGUGUAAAGCCUUAUCGGUGCAAGAUUUGUGGGAAAUCUUAUUCACAAUCAGGACAACUGAAAAUCCACAUGGAUCUGCAUCCAGACCCUGACAACCCGCACAAAUGUCCAUUUUGUGAAUAUUCUACAACUCGUGUUACCGAUUUAUGGAAACAUAAAUAUCUAUGCAAGCCCUCUUCUAUGAUAUCAAGAAAACGAAUAAAAACUUCACUAAAAACCAAUAAGAAUCCACAUGAGACUGAGGAUAGAAAGGAAAAUCUAACGAAUAAAUUUCUAUGUUCUUUCUGUGGAAAAUCCUUCAAUCUCAAAGCAGGUUUAUUAUCCCACGAAAUGAUACAUAAAGAUGAGAAGCCUUUUAGUUGUUCUUCAUGCCCAAAGACAUUCAAACAUAAACUGGCACUAGUUAUGCACGAACGCACACACACUGGACAAAGGCCUUAUCAAUGCAAGUUAUGUCCCAAGAAUUUCACCCAGCACACUCAUUUAAAAACCCACACCCUAUUUGCUCAUUCAGAGAAGAAGAAAUUUGAAUGCAACGUCUGUGGUAAGAAGUUUGUUCUAAAGGAUGCUUUGAGGUAUCAUUUGAUGACACAUUCGGGUGAAAAGCCGUUUGGGUGCUCCAUUUGCCAGAAGGGAUUUCAUAUCAAGUAUAGACUGAAGAUUCACAUGCUUAAGAACCAUGGGAUUAAAAUAGAAACUUGUGAUAUAAUUAAGAAAGAAUAG